AUGGAAAUGUCAUCAAUCGAUGAAGCACAAAUGAAUUUUAUUUGUUUAUAUCCAGAUAAUGAAAUAGAAGAUUUGAAAAUUCAUUUAUAUGAAAUAAAUAAUUCUUUUAGUUUUCAUACAAAUAUUCAAUCGUGUAUGACAUUUAUGAAAUUAAUUAAAAACGAAAAAAUUCUUCUUGUUACUUCUGAUUUUUAUAUUCCACAAAUUUUAUCACAUGUUGAUAUAUUUCAUGAAGUUAAUUUUCUUUAUAUAUGUUAUUCAAAUAAAGAUCAAUAUAAAUAUAUAUUUUAUGAAGAUUUAAAUAUAGUUGGAAUUUAUGAUAAAAUUUCUUUAUUAAUUUCAUCAAUUCAAGAACAAAUUAUUUCAAUAAAUAAACAAUUUUAUCAAUGGGCAUUUUUUAAUGAAGAAAAUUAUUUGAAAAGAGAUUUAUCAAAACAAGCAAAUGAUUUUCUAUGGAUUCAAUUAUUUCAUCGUGUCAUAACACAAUUUCCACGUGAUAAACAAGCUAAACAACAACUGAUGGAUUGUGUUCGUCUUUAUUUGGAAGAAAAAAACUUCGAAGAAGAAUAUGAAUCAAAUGGUGCUCUUUAUUGUUAUCGAAAGAAUUGUUGUCUUCAGAAAAUGAUUAAUAAAGCAUUACAAACAAAAGAUAUUGAUCGACUUUAUCAUUUACGAUAUUUCCUUAGUGAUCUAAGCGAAUGUAUAUCUCGUGAACAUCAACAAAUUAUUGAAUCUGGUGAAGAAAACAUUGUUUUUUCUCAAGAAAUGAAAUUAUCAAAAAAUGAAUUUAAUUAUUUAAAAGAAAAUCAAGGAAAACUUUUGUCAACGAAAGGAUUUUUAUUUCUUAAUUCAUUAUCGACAAACCUUACUACAGAAUUUAUAGAGAACAAAGAUCUAAUUGAUGUCAUAUUACAAAUUGAAUGUAAUAUAAAAGAAAUGGGUAAUAAUCACAUUUUUAUUGAUCUAACUCGAUUGAAUGAAAAAGAAGAAGUUUUGUUCGAAUUAAAUACAACAUUUAGAUUGGAAAGUAUUCAUCAAGAUAAACAAAUAUGGUUGAUUAAAAUGAUUGCCACUAAUGAUGGUGAACUUAUAAUCAAAAAAUAUAUUGAAGAUACACAUCGUCAAAUAGAAAAUGUGAGUAUUUCAAUAAUUUUUGGUAAAUUAAUGUGUGAUAUGAAUGAAUGGAAUCAAUCACAAAAAUAUUUUGAAUAUUUACUGAAUGAUUUAUCUUCUAAUGAAGAUUUAGCAUGGAUAGAACAUUCAAUGGGUCAAGUUCAUCAUUGGAAAGGAGAAUGGAAUGAAGCAAGAAUAGUUUAUGAUCGUGCUUAUGAUCGAAUGAUGAAAGCAGAUCCAAUUCGUAUGAAAGAUUCUGCUUUAGUUCUUACGAAUAUUGGUGAAAUUCUACAUUUACAAGGUAAUUAUGAAGAAUCAUACGAAUUUCAUCAAAAAGCAUUGACAAUUAUAAAACAAUAUUAUUCUUCCAAUCAUGCAUACGUUGCUAAUAGUUUAGAAAAUAUUGCUCGAAUUCAUCGUAGAGGAGUUAGAAAUGAUGAGGCUUUGAUCGUUCUUCGAGAAACAUUAAAAGUUCGAGAAGAAUAUUAUAAUGAUUAUCAUGUUGAUAUUGCGAUGAAUUUAAAUCAGAUUGGUAAUACUUUACUUUAUCAAGGUAAUCAUAAUGAAGUACUUGAUUAUUUAAAUCGAGCGAUGUCUAAUUAUGAAAAAUAUUAUCAAUCAGAUCAUAUAUACAUGGUUGAAACUCUUCAGACUAUUGCUUAUCUUCUUUAUCAACAAGAAAAAUUUGAUGAAUCAUAUAAUAUUUAUCAACGUAUAAUGAGAAUGGCAAGAGAGUUGUACCCAUCGGGUCAUUGUAUUAUUGCUGAGAUUUUACUCGGUAUCGCUAAUAUUAGAAAUGAACAAGGAAUGUAUGAUGAAUCUUUAGAAUUGUAUCAACAAGCUGUGACAAUGCUGAUGAACUAUUAUUCACCUGCUCAUUUGGACAUUGUUUAUUUUUUAAAUUCUAUUGGUGAUGUACAAUUACAUGGAAAAGUUGAUUAUGAAAAAGCUCUUGAAGUUUAUCAACAAGCUCUGACUAUGUUAGAGACAUAUUAUCCAUCAUAUUCUUCACAUAUUGCUAAUUGUCUCAAUUACAUUGGAAAUGUUAAAAAGGCACAAAACCAAAAUAAUGAAGCUCUUGAUUGCUAUAAUCGAGCACUAAAACUUCAAAAAGAUUAUUUUUCAUCUGAUCAUAUUCAAUUGACUAUAACUAUUAAAAAUAUCGCUCGCAUCUUUUUUAUUCAAGGAAAUUAUGAUGAUUCACUUGUUUUAUAUGAACGAGUGUUAAAAAUACGUCAAAACAAAUAUCCAUCCGAUCAUGUCUUCAUUUCUUAUAGUUUCAAUAAUAUUGCCCGAGUAUUAAAAAAGAAAAAUAAUUUUGAUGAAGCUAUCCAGUUUCGACAACAAGCACUUGAAAUUCAAAAGAAAUAUUUUCCAUCCAGUCAUUCUAGUACCAUUUAUACUCUUGAAUCUCUUGGCAAUAUUUACAAAGCUCAAAGCAAAAUCAGCGAAGCUCUUGAUUAUUAUGAAAAAGCAUUGGAAAUGCAAACAAAUUUAUAUUCUUCAAAUAAUAUAAAACUUGUAAGAAGUUUAAAUGAUAUUGGAAAUAUCUUAUCGAAACAAAAAAAAUAUAGUCAAGCGCUUGAAUUUCUCCAAAAAGCAUUGAUUAUUUUAGAAACACUUAAUCCAUCCAAUCAUGUUCAGAUAGCUGCAAGUUAUAUUUGGAUUGCCGGUGUUUUAAAAGAGCAAGAAAAAUAUAACGAAGCAAUAAGUCUUCAGAAGAAAGCACUUGAAAUCUGUGAAAAAAAUUAUCCUUCGGAUCGUCUUACUAUUGCGCAUUAUCUCACUCAUAUUGCCACCACUCUGUAUGCUCAAAAAAGAUACAAUAAUGCCUUGGAAUUUUAUCAACAGUCGAUGAGAAUUUAUGAAGAAUGUGUUCCACGGAAUAGCAAACAUAUUGCUAUUAAUUUCAAAUCAAUUGGUGAUACUUUGUAUGGAUUAAAAAAAUAUGAUGAAGCAGCUGAAGCUUUUGAACAAGCUUUAUUAAUUGAAAGAAAACAAAAUGUGCCAGAUAAUAUUAAUAUGGGUACUACUCUAAAUAAUAUGGGAAAUGUAUUAUUUAGUCAAAACAAACUUGAUCAAGCGUUAGAAUUCUAUCAAGAAUCAUUGACAUUUAGCGAGGAAUUUGAUUCAUUUAAUUAUACAACUAUGAGCACCACAUUAUGGAAUAUUGGCAAUGUUUUAUGUGCACAAAAAAAGUAUACCGAAGCAUUCAGUUUUCAACAAAAAUCAUUGAACAUGAGGGAAAUAUAUGAUCCUUUAAAUUAUACGCAGAUUGCUUCUAAUUUCAAUAGUAUAGGAACCAUAAGAAAUAACGAAGGAAACUACGAUGAAGCACUUAUUCAUUAUCAAAAAGCAUUAACAAUCUACGAAAACUAUUGUGCAUCUUGUCUUCAAGAUAUGAUUGUAUGUCUCAAUAAUAUUAUCAUUGCUUUAAAUAGUAGUGGAAAAUCUGAGGAAACACUAAAUUAUCGAGAACGAAUAUUAGCCAAUCAAGAAAAACAUUAUCCAGAAUCUUAUACAGACAUUGUCAAUAGCCUUAUAAAUAUUGGUCACGUUAAAUACAGUCAAAUGAAACUUGACGAUGCUGUUGAUUAUUAUUCACGGGCAAUAGUACUACUAAAAGAAUUUGAUUCAACUAAUCAUCUUCAAAUUGCAACCAUUUUCUACUGGAUUGGAAUUAUACGGAAUCGACAAAGAUCUUUUGAUCGUGCAAUUGAGUGCCUUGAACAAUGUUUAAAAAUUAGAGAGGCAAGUCUUUCUCCAGGAGAAUCAGAUAUUACAUUAAUUCUGUCAUAUCUCAGUGAAACCCACCAAGCUCGCAAUCAAUAUCAACUAGCUUUGACAUAUGAAAUGAAACUAUUUUUAAUUCGCGAAAAAGACUUAUCACCAAAUGAUCAAAAUAUUGCCCAAAGUUUAUCAAAUAUAGGUAAAUGUUAUGAACAUAUUAAUCAAUUCAACACGGCACUUGAGUAUUAUAAACAAGCAUUAUAUAUUUAUGUACAAUAUUCAUCAAAUUCAUUUGAACAAGAAACAAUGGAAGAUAAUAUUGAUCGACUUUCAACGAUAUUAAACAACUUAGAAACUGAAUAA